AUGCCUGUACAAGAAGUAGUCCUCGACAACCCGACAGCGGCGCAAGAUCUUCAAGGGCGGCAUUCAGUACCACCCUCCAAGGUCUCCCGCUCAGACGUUGCUUUCCCCCUAAUGACGCCUCGGAAACGAGCCCCGUCCGUGGCCGACGCCCUCGAUCAAGCUGGGAAAACCAUGGGAGUUCUUACCAUACGGGGGACGGACUUGCCGGUUCAAAAUACGGAGACGGCUGAGACGGCUGGAACCCAGCACGACACGUCAAGGCAACCAUCGUCGCUGAGUGACCUGCCACUGGAAGUCCAGGGUAAAGUGCUCGACUUCAUCUUUGGAGACAUGCAUUCGGUCUACGCCGGGUCGACAUCAUUGCGAGGAAAGAGCGUAUCGUCACUCAUGCGACAUCCGCGGAGGAAGGCCGUCUCAGACCUUGCCUUGGUCUCACCCACCUGGCGCGACUUGGUGCAAGAACGGAUAUACCGACACAUCAAGAUCAAGGGCACAAGAGCCGGGUUGAAAGAAUCGGAGGAGUUCUUCUGCAACCAUUCGCAUCUCACGCGGCUCGUGCGACAUAUCGAGUUCUGGGUGCCGGUCUGGGGAGACAAAGCAUCUCUUGACGACCGCGCCUUGAAUCCUUUUCUCGGCCCUGGGCUUCUCCUCGACGGCAGCAAUGCAUUCCACCAGCUCGCCAAUUUCCCAGCCCACGAGCGAGACCUGAUGCCCGCGCUUGACCCGUUGAGCUUCAGCUUCAAACUAUGCGUCUACUCGGCGACGCUGUCGGAGAUCUUCUCGCACAUCAACUGUUUCUUUCCCCACGCCCGUGUGUUUACCCUCGAAGGUGGCCACUGCAAGAAGUCAAACAUGAUCCGACAGUUUCCUCAGACGCUGUUUCCCAAUCCGAACCAGCGCCUCGAACAGUUACCCAACAUCCGCACCUUCGCCAUGCGAGGGGCAUGGAAUAUUAUGCGCGAGUACACCCAUUGGGCGACCAUCGAGAAGGCUCUCCCGAACGUGGAAGAAUGGCAUUGCGGCUACGCCAAACCGCGCUACGAGGCCGACGUCACCAUUAACGAGAUUCUGGCCCGCCUGCCCUCUCAGCUUCGACACAUUAAUAUCUCCCUCGAUGGAAUGUACAGCAAAGAUCCCACAACGCUGGGCUCGAGCUUCCCCGGGUCACCGAUUUUGCACGCCCAUCAAACUCAACAUCUAUGCGAAAGCCUCGGCCAGGUCCUCCCUCAUCUGGAGUCGCUCUCAUUUACCGGCAAAGUCUGCGAAUGUCUCUGGACCAGCGCCAUCUCAGCGCUCUCGUUGCAGAAGGAAGAGCCCAGACUCAAGCACCUUGAGCUCGUCGUGAAAUCGUGCUGCCGGCAACGCGUCACGGAAAUAGAUCCCGACACGGGCGAACUCAUCAUCCACGAAUUAGGCGGCGUGAUUGCAGACGGAGCGGGCAUCACGAAUCUCGUCUUCAUCAAGGCCUUUGAACGACUGGUGCUCCAGACUGUGGAGGCCUUGCCGUUAUUCCCGAGCCUCGAGUACGUGAGGAUACGCUUCAUCGACUUGGACUCGCCCUGCACGCUGCUCAACCCAUACUGGCUGCUGGAGAAGACGAAAGUCUACGGCAUCUGGAACGAGGAGAUUGUCGAACGGCUCGGCGAACUGAAACCCGAAUUCGGGUAUGUCGAGUUGGGUGACGGGAUUGAGUGCGUGGGGGCAAGUUACCAUAAGCGGUCGUCCUCGAAUCCCGCGUCAACAGGCACUGGCGCCACGGCGGAUGGAUUCGGCACUGUCGCGGUCUCGACGAGCGUCGGAUCGAGCUGCAGUCUCUAUCCCAAGUCGAAACCGAAGAGCAUCAAGACAAGUUCGUACAAGGUCGUCGCGGAGGCAAGGGGUCAGUGA